AUGAUGCUCGUAGAAAAUGUCGAAAAACGGUUCUGGGCAGUGACGGCGGUAUUUGCGUUGGCCGUCACGUUCGUUUUGCCCGGGGGAAAACGCAAGAAUAUUGGCAAUCGAGACGGUGUCGGGUAAGAGUCAUCGGAACUUCACGAGCGCCGUGCUCCGGGCGCUGACGGACGGCGGGCACGGCGUCACCGUGUUCACGCCGUUUCCCGAGGGCGAUCGGGACAACUACACCGAAGUGGAUACACGUCCGACCGUUUCACGGCGGUCGUCAACACGGGCCUGACGGAUUCGUUACGGUCGUUUGGCGGGCGAUCUGUCCGUAUUGGUACCCACCGUGAUCGAGCUGAACAGACAAUCGUGUGAUCUACUGCACAGUGACCGUCGUCUCAACGAUUGUUUAGGCGCGGGGCUGAACAGCCGUUUCGACGCGAUCACCAUCGAACCGGGCAUGGAUGGCUGCCAAACGUUCGCGGACCUGCCGCUGAUAUACUCGUUACCGUGGGCGUACUCGUUCGGCUCGCGGAGUACACCGGACGGCGAUCGUCAGAACCCAGCGGCCGUUUCCGCUGUGUUCGCCCAUUACGGCGUACCCGAAACGUUCGCCCAGCGGUUCUUCAACACGUUGACGGCGCCGCGGACGGGCGUUUCGAUUGCCCCGCACAAAACCACGACGAAAAUCGGCGACCCGAAACCGUACGAGUCGCACGCGCCCGUCCCGCCGUCACUAGGGAUUGCCAACGGCCAUUACAUAAUUGACGCGUCAAGGCCGAUUUCACCGAACACCGUCAACGUGGGCGGGAUUCAUUUAAAACAUCCCGGACGCAUACCAAACGUACCUAUUGCUAAUUUCGAAAAAAUCUGUUGA